AUGAUCGGAGUCGGAAAGAUAAAGCAGUACGGUAACGUCCUCGAUAAGCCCCUUAACAAGGGCAAGACUGAGGUUAGUUUGAGUGCAUUUGCGUUCUUGUUCUCCGAGCUUGUUCAGUACAACCAAACUCAGGUUGAUAAUAUCGGCGAACUCGAACGAAGACUGGAGGAUGCUGGAUAUGCUGUCGGGGCUCGUGUUCUUGAGCUGCUCUGCCACAGAGAUAAGGGAAACAGGAGGGAGACGCGGUUGUUGGGCAUUCUUUCUUUUGUACACAGUACAGUGUGGAAAGUACUAUUUGGAAAGGUAGCUGAUUCAUUGGAGAAAGGAACUGAACACGAAGAUGAAUACAUGAUCAGUGAAAAAGAACUCCUAGUAAACAAAUUCAUUUCUAUCCCAAAAGACAUGGGAACAUUUAACUGCGGUGCAUUCGUUGCUGGAAUAGUCCGGGGUGUUUUGGACGGUGCCGGGUUUCCAGCUGUCGUAACAGCUCAUUUUGUGCCCAUGGAAGGCCAACAACGACCUCGGACAACCAUUUUGAUAAAAUUUGCCGAAGAGGUGUUACGCAGAGAAGCAAGAUUAGGCUGA